AUGAAAGCCUAUCUAAAGAGCGCGGAAGGCUUUUUUGUCUUGAAUAAAAGUACUACGAUUGGAAGGCAUGAAGACUCAGACCUUGUUUUAGAGUCUGCAGACAUCGACAACCAUCACGCGCUCAUCGAAUAUAAUGAGGCCGAGGGCAGCUUUGUUCUCCAGGACUUCAAUUCCCGCAGCGGCACCUUUGUCAAUGAGUGCCACAUUCAGAACGUGGCUGUGAAGCUCUUACCGGGAGACCUCCUGAGGUUCGGGACUGGAGGGCUGACCUACGAACUGGUCAUCGAAAACCCAGCUUCGGUCUCCUUCCCAUGGGCGGCAGGCCCAGCACCUUGGCCCAGGCCACAGCCAUCUCGGGCCACCCAGCAGCCGAACCAGUCACCCUCGCCACCGCAGGUCCCCUUCCACCCGGGCGUCCGGCCAGUGCCAGUGCAGAGGAGCUGGUCCCAGGGCUUCCCCAGGCCCACCAUGGUCCCGCCUGCCUCUCACAAGCGGCCCACGAGUGCCAGCGGGAAGAUGUUCUCCUUCAUGGUGGACGGCGCUGCCCAUGGGGUUCCCAUCAUCAAACAAGUGUGGACCAACGCCGUGAAUCUGUCAGAGCAAGCAGUGGCCGAGGAAAUUCCCGGAACAGGAUCCGCCAGGGAGAUGUUUGUGGAUCAUGACUUGGCCCAGCAGGAGAAGGAUGAAAUAAUUCUGCUGCUGGGAAAAGAAGUCAGCCGUCUCUCGGAUUUCGAACUCGAAUCCAAAUACAAAGAUGCCAUGAUCGUGAACCUUCAGAACGAAGUGGCCCACCUGAGCCAGAAGCUGUCGGAAACAGCCGCCUCCAGGCAGAGUGAGAGGGUGGUCCCGUCCAAGCUCCAGGUUCUGGAGGAAGACGAUGAUGCCCAACAGAGAGAAAUUCAGAAUUUAAAAAGCCAGAUCAGUGCCCUGCAGCAAGGCUACAGCCAGGUGCUGUGCCAAACCCUGUCUGAGAGGAACUUGGAAAUCAUGUCCCUGAAGAACCAGGGUGAGAACUUAAGGAGGGAUAACGCCAUCACAUCAGAGAUGGUGUCAUCUUUGCAAAAGGAUAUGUUAGCAAAGGAUGAGCAAGUUCAACAACUACAACAGGAGGUGAAUCAACUAAAAAGUGAGAACAAAGAAAAGGAUCACCAGCUCGAAGCCCUCAGCUCCAGAUGCUCAGUGCUGAAAGAAGAGUUAAAGAAGGAAGAUGCCCAGAAGGAGAACGUGGAAGCCCAAGAGAAAGAAAUAAAACUCUACAAAACCCAAAUCCACGACAUGGAGAAGGAAGUGAGAAAACUCAUGGAGGAGCUGAAGAGGAGCAGUACAGAGCAGAGCCUGAUCUCCAAGACGCUUCGGGAAAAGAGCAAGGUUGAAGAGAAACUUCAGGAGGAUUCCAGAAGGAAAUUGCUUCAGCUGCAAGAAAUGGGGAACAGAGAAAACCUCAUUAAAGCCAAUUUGGAAAGGGCAGUAGGUCAGCUGGAGCAUUUCAGAAGUCAGGUCAUCAAGGCAACCUACGGACGAGCGAAGCCGUUCCAGGACAAGCCCGUCUCCGAUCAGCAGUUAAUAGAGAAGAUCACCCAGGUCACUGAGGACAACAUCAACUUUCAGCAGAAAAAGUGGACCCUGCAGAAGGAGACCCAGCUCGGCCUCUGCCGACAGGAAGAGGUCACAGACAGCGUUGAGAAACUGAAGAAGGCCUUAGACAGUUGCCAGAUUUGCAUGAAGACGUCGUGCUGUAGCAACGACCUGAGGAAGGAGGUCAGCUUCCUGCAGCGCCUGCAGGUGAGCCCACCUGUCUCGGGGCUCCAGAAGGUGUCACUGGACAUUCUGCGCCUGUCGCUGUCCUGGCUGGAGGAAACAGAGCACCUCCUCCAAGAGGUGGGCAUCCAGUUCUCCAGCUCCAACAAAGGAUUGUCUUUGUAUCUGAAAUACCUUCUGGAACAUUAUAAAAAAAUUACAAGCCGGACCCAGGAACUUCAGAUCAAGAUCAGCAGUUCUCAGGAAACUCAGCAGUCUUUGAUGCAAGAAAAGCUGCGGGAGCACCUGGCAGAGAAGGAGAAGCUAAGUGAGGAAAGGCUACAGCAGGAGGAGAAGCUGAAAGCCCGAGUCAAGUGGCUGACGGAAGAGAAGGCGGCUUUGGAGGAAAGCAUUACUCAAGAGAAAAACAGAGCGAAAGAAGCAUUAGAAGAAGAACAGAAGAGAGCCCAAGAACUGGAGAACCGCUUAACCCGCCAGAAGAAGGCUUUGGAGGAGAGCAUUUCUCAGGAGAAAAGCAGAGCAAAGGAAGCAUUAGAAGAAGAACAGAGCAAAGUCCAAGAACUGGAGAACCGCUUAACCCACCAGAAGGAGGUUUUGGAGAGCAGCAUGGCCCAUGAGAAAAGAAAAGCAAAGGAAGCCUUAGAGACAGAAAAGAGGAAAGUGCAAGAUCUGGAGAACCACUUAACACAGCAGAAGGAGAUUUCCGAGAGCAGCAUCGCCUACGAGAAAAACAAAGCAAAGGAGGCCAUAGAGAAGGAAAAGAAAAAGGUCCAAGAUCUGGAGAACCGCAUAACCAAGCAGAAGGAGGAAAUGGAUUUAAAAAUGCAAAAAGAAGACAUUUUAAAUAAUAAAUUAAAUGAUGCACUGGCCAUGCUAGAAAAGGCUCAGAAAACAAAGACGGCUGAAAAUCUGAAAGCAGAGAACCUCACCAUGAAAUUAAAUGAAACACUAGCUGAACUGGAAACUGCAAAGACGAAAAUGAUCAUGAUGGAGGAGCGGAUGCAGCUGCAAAAGCACACAGUAAUGGCUCUCCAAGAGGAGCAAGAAUCACAGAAGCACGAAUUUGAAAAACAAAUCAUGGAAUACAAGGAACAAAUCAAGCAGCACUCCCAGACGAUCGUGAACCUUGAGGAAAGACUCCAGAAAGUGACCGAACACCACAGAAAGAUAGAAGGAGAGAUCGCCACGCUGAAGGAGAGUGACCCAGCCCAGGAGGGGGAUGCACAGCCGGACCCCGCAGCAGCACCUCUAGGGGAGAGCAGCUCCAAAGAUGCAAUGUGCGACCACCUGAUAGAGGAUUUAUUGACUGCUCAGAAGGAGAUCCUGUCUCAGCAGGAGAUCAUCAUGAGGUUAAGGAAGAACCUGACUGAAGCUCAUAACCGAAUGUCAGACCUGAGAGGGGAACUGAACGAAAAGCAAAAGAUAGAACUGGAGCGGAACGUGGCACUGGUCCAGCAACAAAGCAGUGAGCUGAGCGUGCUCAAGGACAAGAUGGUACAGAUGACCAGCCUGGUGGAGAAGAAGGACAAGGAGCUGGAGGUCCUCAAGCAGGCGCUCAGGGCCUCCCAAGAGAAACAGAAACUCCAGCUGCACAAGGAGAAGGAACAGAAGCCCAGGAACACAACCAAGAUGUGUGACAUUUCGGUGCAGAUAGAACCAGUCCACACUGACACUUUCUUGAGCAGCCAAGAGGAGCAGUGCUUCAGUGACCUCGGGGCCAAGUGCAAAGGGUCCCGACACGAGGAGGUCAUCCAGCGUCAGAAAAGGGCCUUGUCUGAGCUUCGUGCGCGGAUUAAAGAACUUGAGAAGGCCGGCUCCUCAAAUCAUAAGGACCACAUGGAUGAAUCAUUUCUAGACUUAAAGACUCUUGGGAUGGAAAAAAACAUCCAGAAAAUAUUGGAUGUAAAACCUGAUUUGCCAACUUUCUCAAAAGUAGAGAUCCGAGUGCCUCAAAAUGGCCUUUCCAGCCCAGGGUCCGUCAUGGCCACCGAUAAAUUAGGGAAAACAGAUGCAGCUGAGGCUCUGGAUCUCAGUGAAAGGCUGUACAUGGAUAUGAGCAAAACACUCGGGAGUCUGAUGAACAUCAAAGAUAUGUCAGGUCACGUGUCUAUGAAACACCUCUCCCCCAAAGAGAGGGAGAGAGUCAACCAGCUUCGACAAAGAGACCUUGAUAUGGUGUUUGAUAAGAUCACCCAACUCAAGAACCGGCUGGAGAGAAAAGAGGAGCUUUUGAGAGGCUACGAGAAAGACAUUGAACAACUCAGGCAGAGCAAAGUGUCGGUUCAGAUGUACCAGUCACAGGUGGCCAAGCUGGAAGAUGACAUCUACAAAGAGACCGAAGAGAAGGCUCUGCUCAAGGAGGCCUUGGAGCGCAUGGAGCAGCGGUUGCACCAGGAGAAGAGGGUCAACAGGGCGAUCAGGCAGCAGAAGGAACGUUUAGAGGACCUCGAACAGAGGAAUGCCAAAGAGUCAGCAGCUUGCAACUGUUCCUUCAAAGAGAAAGAGAGGCAGAGACGAAUGUUUGUAGAGGCGGUGAAGAACAAGAUGCAGAACUCAAAUUUCCAGGUUGGAGCCAGAAAAGCCAUUGCAAAGAUGGACCAAGAAAGAGAGAUGCUAAAGAAAGAGAUGUCCAGCAAGUCCAGCCAGAGCCUUCUGUUUUCUAAGCCUGGUGGAAGGAACUAG